GAACGUCUUUCUCACAACACCACCACCACCACCUCUCCUAACAUCGUCGAAUCAUCUGCUGCAGACGCUACAGGUUCUUCUUCUCCCACCUCUCGCCAGCGGCAGGAUCAGGUCCAACAGCCUCGUUCCGACGACAAACAAUCACGACGACAAAUCGCCGCCGCUGAACCUUCUGUCGCCGCCGUCGCCUCAUCCUCCACGGCACCCUCUUCAUCAAAGUCUCCAGCCCCCCGAUCCGCGACAGCAAUGCCUCAAUACACCUCCCGCGAUGUCGGCGACCCGUCGCAGAUCAAGAAGAACAAGCAGUCGAUGGCCGACCUCAAGUUGAGACGAUUGACAGAACUCAACAACCGCCUGCGCGAAGACCUUGAAAGGGAACGGAUUCCGGUCAGCAAUGCUUCUAAGAGGUAGGUCUCGAAUCAUCAACCGCUAUCAUCGAUGAAUAUCAAUGCGGCCAAUCAAGCAUUGGAUUCAUCGCGAUCGGGCGAACCAGUGACUAAUUCAUGUAUUUUUUUUGAUAGCAUCAUUGCCUACUGCAACAG